AUGGACAAUAAAAUCGCCCAGCAGAAUGAAUCUUCGUCCGAAAUGAUGCCUCCAGUUAACAGCGACCCGGUACCGACGAAAACAAGUCGGAAAAGGCUGUUCCUCCUCGUCAUCAUCUCCCUCGCGCUCUUCGUCAUUCUUUCCAUUGGGUUGGGUGCAGGCUUAGGUCUCGGGCUAAAACAUGAUGGCAAGAGCGUCUCUUCGAGUCCAUCGUCGUCGUCGGCACCUACAUCGUCGACACCGCCAUCAUGGAGACGUGAUCCCUCAGAGUAUAUCUUGGAUAUGAACUCGUGGGACAUUAAUGCGCCACCGACCACACGCCACUUUGACUUUACAGUUUCGGAGAUAGAAGGAUAUCCCGAUGGCGUUCUCCGAUCUUUGUACGUUGUAAACGGGCAGUAUCCAGCGCCAUUGGUCCGCGUAAAUAGAGGCGACCGGGUGCUGGUGAACGUGACAAACCAAUUAUCGGCAGCAGUGACCUUCCACUGGCAUGGACUUUAUCAGAAUGGGACCAAUUGGAUGGACGGCACUGCUGGAAUCACCCAAUGUCCAAUUCCGCCUGGCACAAGCUUCUUAUAUAAUUUUACCGUGAACAUGCAGUAUGGCACUUACUGGUAUCACUCGCAUUAUAAGACACAGUACAUGGACGGUCUUUUUGGACCUUUGAUUAUCCAUGCUCCGGAGGAAGCUAGCUACCGGGAGAUGUAUGAUCAUGAUCAUGUUGUGCUUCUGAAUGAUUAUUAUCAUAACAUGAGUGCCACGUAUGUGGACGACUAUCUUGCCCCGGGCAAUGAGAACAAUGAACCAGUCCCCGACAAUGGGCUAAUCCAAGGGGCUAACUACUUCAACUGUUCCACUUUAGACCCUAGUCAUGGACAUACAUGCUAUCAAAACUCAACCCGCGCCCAAUUUAAUGUCCAGCAAAACCAGCGAUAUCGGUUCCGCAUCAUCAACGCCGGUGGUUUUGGCAUGUUCCAGUUCGCAGUGGACAAUCAUACAUUGUCUGUUAUCGAGGCAGACUCUACCAUGGUCGAGCCUCUCGGAGUGAAUCGGUUGGAUAUUGCAGUUGCUGAGCGUUAUUCUGUCGUUUUGAACGCGAAUCAGUCUGCGAAUAACUACUGGAUUCGUGCAACAAUGGACACGUACUGCUUCACUACCUCAAACCCAGUACUCAAUACCGCAAAUAUCAAAGGCAUCCUCAGCUACACGAACGAUACUUCAGACCCGGUUUCCGGUGUUUCAGCAGAAUGGCCAGGUGAAGACCCUAAUGUACUCUGUGUGGACAUGAAUACUACUCUCCUGGUCCCUGCUGAACCACAGCAAGCACCAAAGGCCGAUCUCUUCUUCAGUCUCCAGUUUGCUUUCUCAAUCAGAGAGUAUGCUUUAGAUCGAGCUUAUAUCAACGGCUCAACCUGGUAUCAAUCUGAAACCCCCACCCUCAAUGUCGUGGUUCCAGCACUUCAGGCUGGUAAUGCCACUUUCAAUCAGACCGGAGUCGCUUCAGGUUACGGGCUAUCCAACCAAUACAUCAUAGACCUGCCCAACUACGCUGUGGUCGAUGUUCUUGUGACCAAUUUUGACGACUCUUCGCACCCAUUUCACCUCCAUGGACAUCAGUUUUGGGUCAUAGCAACUUCUGAAGAGCAAUACUUUGACUACAGCGCUUACGACUCUUUUAACCUGACCAACCCGCUCCGUCGAGACACAGUGAUGGUCGACUCGUUUGGGUGGACCUUGAUCCGCUUUGUCAACGAUAACCCUGCGAUGACUUCUGCGAACUUCGCCGCCGCCCAAAGAAGGGUGCUCGAGCGGCGUCGCCUUUUGGAGGCAGAAGCUCGUACCCGUUUGGCGGACCAGCAACGUGCGUCGCGCGUCAAUCCUGCGACACUCGAUCGACUCCCAUAUCCCCUAAAUCGACUUUCUAGCUCGGGGGUACAUGCCUGGAAUCAAAUUCAGGGGCGCGAAGGUACACGGCCGCAAUUCCGAGUCGGUCAGGUUGAUGCGGAGCUCUUGGAUGAAGAGCUGCUUGGUCUACUGAAUGGCCAGGUUGGAGAAGCCCUCAAGUACUUUGGGUCUCAUAUCCGUGAUGAUUGGUCGUCCGAAAUCCAACUAGCUCUCCGCGCGCUUCUAUUCAAAAUUUCCAUAUGGGAUCACAACGCUUCAUAUGGAGCUGCAUUGCAAGGUCUUCAGUAUGUCGAUAGCCGCAGCAAGUCGCUCAUACCACCAUCGCCAACAAAGUGGCAAAAGUCGCUUUAUGGUUUAUUCACUGUCGGCGGACGGUACGCAUGGGAAAAAUGGGAAAACUGGUUGAUUGACCGCGAAAAUGGCUACGAAGAGCCGUCGGGAGAUAUCCGCCUCUUUUCUCGAAUCACAAAUUUAGUGUCAACCUCGCAUUCUAUUGCAGCCUUUGCGUCUUUCUUGGUCUUCCUUGUCAAUGGACGGUAUCGGACAUUGAUUGACCGAAUUCUUCGAAUCCGACUUGCCCCUCCCUCGAAUCAAGUCAGUCGUGAAGUCUCUUUCGAAUAUUUAAAUCGCCAAUUGGUCUGGCAUGCGUUUACGGAGUUUCUCCUGUUUCUUCUUCCUCUUGUUGGCAUCAGUCGCUGGCGACGCUGGGUGUCCCGGGCUUGGAAAAAGGCGGUCACAGCAAUGAGAGUUUCAGACGAUAACGAUACCCCAUCCGAGAAACAAGGGCAGCUUGCAUUCCUUCCGGAGCGCACAUGUGCCAUUUGCUACAAUGAACAAAACCCGGCGGCGACGUCAGAGGCUGAUAUUCUUGGGGCCUCUUCAGGUGGUGUCAUUGGGUCGGCCCAAACAGAUAUCACCAAUCCGUAUGAGACGAUUCCGUGUGGCUGUAUCUACUGCUUCGUCUGCAUCACCGAGCGGUUAGAAGCCGAAGAAGGAGAAGGCUGGAUAUGUCUGCGCUGUGGCGAGAUUGUCAAGCAGUGCAAACCAUGGAAUGGCAAUGUGCUCGAAGAAGCUCCGCGUCAGUCUACAAGCGGGAAAGUUGUUGGAUUUGCAGUCGCAGAUGAAACUGUGGAGGCACAACCUAGCGAGGAGACGGCGUUCGAUACGGACCGUGAGGAAGUCGACCGCUUAGCUCAUUUUGAAGCAGAUGACGAUACGCUGCACGGCUCAAACACAUGGUCUACAGUCGAACGCGAACCCUUGGAUGAGGACAAUUCGAAUGACGAACCGGCCGAGUCAAAGUAA